CCCGUUGUCAGUAGUCCGCGCGCUUUCCGACAAAUAACUUCCCUCCGAUGGGAAUGGUAAGCAACAUACUCGCGGGAAACAUGUGCGACCUGAAGCCUUUUUGAAUCUUUUUUUUUUCGCCUAUUUGUUGAGAUUAGUAAGUAGGAAAGCUCGUUAGUCAUCGUCGAUAUUUUGUGGUGGAAAUAAAACGACGAGUUGAGAUUUAGUAUUUAUUUGGUGUCAAGGUCUAGCAGCUUUACAGUAAAAUUGACCAUUUUUCAGUCAAUUAGUAGCGUGACCAACAGUUAACAAAACAGUCUGAAAAAAAACAUCGAAAUUGUGUGUUUUCAGUGACUUUUAUAGUGUCAACAAACAUGUUGAGUAUAUAAGUGUAGCUGAAGCCAUUUUACAAAUUUAAAUAUGGCUCUACCUUUGGACGAAAACCUCAUUAUCGAAGAAAGGAAGAAACUUUGUUUCGAGAACGUCUCUGAUGAGAAUCCUUCCAAGGAAGGUCUGUUUUGUCCGACAUUUUUUGACGGAUGGUCGUGCUGGCCAGAGACACCCGCAGGGAAAAUUGCCAAUCAAUCCUGUCCCGAUUUUAUCGCCGGAUUUGAAAAAACAAAUAAUGUUUUUUAUAAAUGCGAACCCCAUGGCAGCUGGUACUUCCACGAAGAAUACAACAAGACUUGGGUGAACUAUACGACUUGCGUCAACACGGAAGAUUUAUGGUUUAGAAAAGUCAUCGUUAGUAUACACUGCGUGGGAUACUCCAUAUCGUUCAUUGCUCUUCUAACAUCGUUGGCUCUUCUGUUCUAUUUUAAAUCGCUGCGAUGUGCUCGUAUACUCAUCCACAUGAAUUUAUUCACCUCUUUUGCCAUUAACAACUUUUUAUGGGUCAUAUGGUAUUACGUUGUAUUUGAUAAUACCGCCAUACUUGUUAACAACGAGCUUUGGUGCAUAGCUCUAUACAACAUCCUCUACACAUGUCUACUAUCAAACUACUCCUGGAUGUUAUGCGAGGGACUUUAUCUGCACACAGUUCUAGUAUGGGCCUUUAUCUCCCAAAGCACCUUACUAGUAUGGAUGAACAUCCUCGGAUGGGGUCUACCACUUAUCAUAACUUGCAUCUACGUUCCUGUUAGAUAUUUCCUAGGAGAAGGGGAUGAACUGAAGAUGUGCUGGAUGAAAGAGUUCAAAUACGACAUAAUCUACCAAGUACCUGUAGCACUUACCAUAGGCCUAAAUUUAAUAUUCUUAAUAAAUAUAAUCAGAGUGGUCAUCUUAAAAUUAAAAAGGGGACCGGCGAAUAACGGACAGAACUCCAGCGGGGCAUCCAGAUCCACCAUUCAAGCACUAAGAGCUACUGUUCUCUUAGUACCUCUACUGGGGCUGAAUUUCCUGCUAACGCCCUGCAGACCAGAUAUCAGUGGUUCUCCCUGGGAGUACGUUUAUGAAGUAGUUUCCGCCAUUACAACUUCGUUUCAGGGUCUCUGCGUGGCCAUCCUUUUCUGCUUCUGCAACGGCGAGAUUCAAGCACAAAUAAAAAGAAAAUGGCGUGCGGCAAUGUUUCGACCCAGGGCCAAUUCUUGCACGGUGACCACGGUUUCGGUACGUAAGGGUUACUUACCAGUGGAUGCCAAAACGUAUGCUCACAAUGUACAAAGCAUCAAGUAGUUGAAUUAUCAUCUUAUUUUUUUAGUUCGUAAGGUCGUCCUACCCCCAUAACGGUGAAGAAAAGGUAUGACUAGGGUCCAUAGGCCGCCGUGCCUCCCACUGGAUCCAAUCCAGAAGAACUUCCAGUGCUUUAGUGAGAAACCAUAAUAACGGUGACGAGGGUGAGAACCACGCUCAGUGUGUUUAGUAAAAACUAAAUUUGUUAUAUUAGUGUUACUAAAAUUAAGAAUAUUUUAUUUGAGUUUAGUGCAGACCCAAACAAUUUCAUGAAUCUUAAACAGAAUGAAUAAUGGACCUCUAAAGUCUAAUUUCUUUGAUGUGUGCCGACAAACCGACACGAACUCUAGCCAAUAUUUGCAAAUAUGUUUGUAGCUCUAUCGUUUAACAUCAGCAAAAUAGAAAUUGGCCAAUUAAAAGGUGAUUAUUAUUAAAAGAAAAUUUUAUAUAAAUAUAAUAGGUAUUUAAAAACCUGCCUUAAUUCUAUUUUCACUGUUCGACAAAUGUUUGGGACUGUCUACAACAUUAGAUUGAGCAUUUAUAGUUUUUAAUAUCAUUACAAAGCGUUGCCAUUUAUUUAAGUUUUGUAUUAUUCAUUUCAAAUAUAAUGUUAGUAUUAGACGUACUUAUAACAUGUAAUUUACGGGCUAAGUUAUUAAAUGGAUUGAAAGAUUUGUGAACAUUUUAUACGUUAUGAAUUCAUAUAAUUUACAUUAUGUACUUAAGAAUAAAUAAAUGUCUAUUAAUUU